GAGAGCCAAAUGACUAGAUUCAACCUUGGAAUCUUGAAUGAUUGCCUCUCUAUAACUGUUUGUUGGAGAGCUAGUAUCCAUGUUUCGGUGAUGAAGCAUUACGGUGUCGAGGACUCUUGGACCAAAGAGCUUGACAUUAGUGUGGAAUAUGGUCCGUCGUCGUUUGGUGGUUACGCACAAAUUUUGAGUUUUUUACCAGAAUGGCAAGUCCUGUUGUGGCAGGGUAGGUUGCAGGCUCAUACUGCUGGAAGUGAGGGCUUUGUUGGGCUUCAGGUUGAUGGGAUACCAUCUUCGGUUGACAAAGCCUAUCCCCAUGUUCCAAGCUUUAUUUCACUUAAAGAUGUUAUCAGGUGUCAGAACCCUGAGGGGCAAGGAAAUGUGCAAACCAAUGCAGCAGAUCAUGAGAAUGCUAAGGAAGAUAAACAGAAUUUGCAAUCUAAUUCUUAUGGAUUAAAUCAAGGGAAUGUGCAAUCUGUAACUGUACCAGUCGAUCAACAGCAACAGGGCCAACUGAAUGUGCAAUCCAAUGCAGCAGAUCAUGGGAAUGCUGAAGCAGAUAAAGGGAAUGUGCAAUCUAAUGCUGAUCAAUUAGAUCAAGGGAAUUUGCAAUCUAUAGCUGCAACAAUUACCCAAAAAACACAGGAGAAUAGAGCACCCAAGAAGGCAAAAACCACACAUGAAGUUCAACCAAUGCAAGCCUCUUCAUCCCAACCAUUUUAUGCAUCACCACCCAAGCCAACACAGCCAUCUGUUGUGCAGCUAUGAACUGUGCAAACCAGUUCGUCCAUCCCAGAACUGUGAUAAAGAUGAAGACCAAGUCCCCUGCAAAGAGGAAGAGAGCUCCAGCAGAGAAGUAACUGACUCCCCUGCUAAGAUGAAGCAUUUUGGGUGUAAUUUCAGAUAUUUCGAAGCAUUGGGCUUUUGUUCACUUUAUAACAAA